AAGUAAGGUACCGUACAGCGGCAUGCAGCGCAGCAAGCUGGUUGAGGAAGUUGUUGAGCGUGUCUUGUGCGGUUGAACUUGAAGUGCAGGGACUGACGAGGUUCUUUAGUACUUACCAUUUUGUCCGAGGCCUAGAAGCUUCUUUUGUUGGCCAUCAUGGGUUCAGAAGCAAUUCAGACAGAUUUCAUGACGAUGACUCGCUUCAUGUUAGAGGAGCAGAAACGGUGUGAGGGAGCGACAGGUGAGCUGACGCAGCUACUCAACUCCCUCAUGACGGCCAUCAAGGCCAUCUCAUCGGCCGUCCGAAAAGCUGGCAUCUCCAAACUCUUCGGCAUAGCAGGCUCCACCAACGUGACAGGUGACGAACAGAAGAAACUAGACGUCUUAUCCAACGAUCUCUUCAUCAAUGCUCUCAAGUCCUCCUUCACCACCUGCGCACUCAUCUCGGAGGAGAACGAGGAGAUGAUUGUGGUUGACCCAGAUCAGGCUGGCAAGUACAUCGUGGCGUUUGACCCCCUAGAUGGGUCGUCCAACAUUGACUGUCUGGUGUCCAUUGGCUCCAUUUUUUCAAUCUGGAAGAAGACUUCUGAAGGACCAGUAACCUUGGCAGACAUCUUGGUUCCUGGCAACGAUCUUGUUGCUGCUGGCUAUGCGUUAUACGGCAGCGCUACUAUGAUGGUAAUAACCACAGGCUGUGGAGUCAAUGGUUUCAUGCUUGACCCGGCUAUCGGUGAGUUUGUCUUGACGGACCGUUUGAUGCAAGUCAAGCCACGAGGCAAGAUCUACAGCAUCAAUGAGGGCUAUGCAGCUCAGUGGGAACCGGCCGUCACUGAGUACAUCAAGCAGAAGAAGUUCCCUGAGGAUGGUAUGAAGGCCUACAACGCUCGCUACAUUGGCUCCAUGGUGGCUGAUGUGCAUCGUACACUGGUGUAUGGAGGGAUCUUCUUAUACCCUGGAAACAAGACUAACCCUAACGGGAAGAUCCGUCUUCUGUACGAGUCCAACCCCAUGGCUUUCAUCAUGGAGCAGGCCGGAGGACUGGCCACUACGGGUACCAAGACUAUCCUGUCCAUCCAACCCACGGAGAUCCAUGAACGCUGCCCGGUCAUCAUGGGCUCGGAGGAAGACGUGCUGGAAUUCCUUGCUAUCGCCAAGAAAUUCAGAAAACAAGAACAGGAGAAGAAAUGAAGAGAAAAUGAUGUCAAGAUGGAUGACAUGGAAAGGGAGAGUUUUAGAUCCUACGUUAUUACAGUUGGGGGGGGGGGGGUGGAGUGGGGAAGCAGAAGGGGUAAUACAUAUGAUGGGGAGGGGAUAAACAUCUGUCACGGCAAUUAGAUUGUGGUCGUCCAGUUCAAGCCAACAGAAUUCUACCACUGCAAAGCAUUUGUGCCUCCGAUCAAUCAAUUAUGUGAAAUGUAGGAAAAUAACAGUUGUUAAUAUUUUGUACUAAUAAUUCUCUUUGAAGUAUUUUUUUUUUUUACAAUAUAUUGAAGAUAAAUGGAGAAUUUCUCUUGAGUACGUAUAUUUUUGUAGGAAUAUAUAUUGAAAUAUGUUUGUGUGUAUGUUUUUGCUAUCAAUUGUAGUUAGGAGCAGACCUAUGAAUAUUUUGUACUCGGUGUGGUAAUGACGCCCCAGCAUUGUAAAGGUAGUCAUGGGCAUCGUCAGGAUUUUUUCCGGGGGGGGGGGGGG